UAAUUGGCACUGCGAACGGUGCUGAAAGAAUCUCAAGCAUCCAACGGCAUGUUCAGCCACUCCGUGCUCAAGGCUCUGGGCGCACUACAACAUGGGCUUUCUGUCAAAGGCCGCCUACAUCGUGUGGGCCGUCCUGUUCGAGCAGGAGAUCAUGAGCUAUGUUCCUAUUGAAGAGCGGAGUCCGCAGGGCUCGCCGGUGCUCAGCACACGUAUGCCGCAACGUGCUCCGCCGCCAUUCCGGCGUGACUUUGAGGCCAAGCUGCGCAGCUUCUAUCGCAAGCUGGAGUCGAAGGGCUACGGCCAGGGCCCGCACAAGCUGAAAUUGCACAUCCGGCGCAGCCAUCUGCUGGAGGAUGCGUUCCGCCGCAUCAUGUCGGCCAACAAGAAGGACCUGCAGCGCGGCCGCCUCGCCGUGCUGUGGGACACCGAGGAGGGCCUGGACUACGGCGGGCCAUCGCGCGAGUUCUUCUUUCUGCUGUCGCGCGAGCUGUUCAAUCCCUACUACGGACUGUUCGAGUACUCCGCCAACGACACGUACACGGUGCAGGUGUCGCCGCUGUCGGCGUUCGUGGACAACUGCCACGACUGGUUCCGGUUCAGCGGGCGCGUGCUGGGCCUGGCUCUGGUCCAUCAAUACCUGCUGGACGCGUUCUUCACGCGGCCCUUCUACAAGGCGCUGCUGCGCCUGCCGGUGGCCCUCAGCGAUCUGGAGUCGCUGGACAAUGAGUUCCACCAGUCGCUGCAGUGGAUACGCGACAACGACAUCGGCACUGGCGUCGACCUGGGCCUGACCUUCUGCGUGACCGAGGAGCUGCUGGGCCGUGUGGUCGAGCGCGAGCUGAAGCCGGGCGGCAAGAAUCUGAUUGUGAACGAGAAGAACAAGAAGGAGUAUCUGGAGCGCAUGAUCAAGUGGCGCCUGGAGCGCGGCGUGCAGGAGCAAACAGAGUCGCUGGUGCGCGGCUUCUAUGAGGUGGUCGACUCGCGGCUCGUCUCCGUCUUCGACGCACGCGAGCUGGAGCUGGUGAUAGCGGGCACCGCCGAGAUCGACACGAACGACUGGCGCCUGAACACCGAAUACCGCUCCGGCUACCAUGACAACCAUCAGGUGAUCAUCUGGUUCUGGCAGGUGAUCGAGCGCUUCAGCAACGAGCAGCGCUUGCGCCUGCUGCAGUUCGUCACCGGCACCUCGAGCAUACCGUACGAGGGCUUCUCGGCGCUGCGCGGCUCCACCGGACCGCGCCGCUUCUGCAUCGAGAAGUGGGGCAAGCCGAAUGCGCUGCCUCGCGCCCACACCUGCUUCAAUCGGCUCGACCUGCCGCCCUACCCCACGCCCGAGCUGCUCUACGAGAAGCUGCUGCUGGCCGUCGAGGAGACGAACACCUUUGGCAUCGAGUGAGCUCCACUUGUACUCUGGAUGCGGUUGGUGGAUGUGGUUAUGAACUGGCACUUGGCUGCUGAUGCGUGAUAUUUGCAGAGGAGUUUUUCUUUUCUUUCUUUU